UGUGAGUUUGUGCAAGUUGACAUCUUUGCUGUUCAAAGGCUUAAUAAUGUGUUCAUGGAUUGAGUCAGGAAAAAGCCUAAAAGCAGAUCUAAACUAGUCUGAUCUCACUAAAUCUGUAAAAUGUAAACACUGUUAGUUGUUUAUCUUAUGCAAACUUGAAUUGUCACGUUGUGAAACAAAGGAUGAUAAUGAUGAUGUUAAACUCCACACAGGUUUCAUAUUUCACAUUUGGUGCUUACUUUGAUCUUGGACUCUUUAAAUACCUAUUGUUCAUAAUUAGUAUGUGUUUUUAUGUUGUAACUAUUUGCACCAAUGUGCUGCUCAUUGUGGUUAUCUGCAUGAACAGAAGCUUACAUGAACCCAUGUACCUUUUCCUCUGCAGCCUGUUUGUAAAUGAGCUGUUUGGUAGUACAGGCUUGUUUCCAUUCCUUCUGGUUCAGAUCCUGUCGGACACUCACACUGUUUCUUUUUCAUCUUGUUACCUGCAGAUUUUCUGUUUGUACACUUAUGCAAAUGUACAGUUUUAUAACUUAGCCGUCAUGUCUUAUGACAGAUAUCUUGCCAUCUGUUAUCCUUUACAAUACAACACUUACAUGGCAUUUAACAAGGUUAUUAUGCUUCUUGUUCUAACGUGGGUAUUCCCUUUUCUAAGUAAUGUAAUCAUGAUAUCUUUGAGUGCGUCUUUACGGUUGUGUGGGAACAUUAUUGACAGAUUGUUCUGUGACAACUAUUCUGUUGUGAAAUUGGCCUGCUCUGACACGACAGUUAACAACAUCUAUGGACUCAUGUACACUUUCAUUGUAUUAUUUGGUCUUGCAAUUCUGAUUUUUUACACCUACAUGAGGAUCCUGAGAGUUUGUUUAUCUGGGUCCAAACAGACCAGAGAGAAAGCUGUUAGCACCUGUACACCUCACCUGGCUUCUCUGCUCAACUUCUCCUUUGGGUGUUUCUUUGAAAUAGCACAGGGCAGAUUUGAUAUGAACAGAGCACCCAUUUUGUUGCGCAUCUGUUUGUCUUUAUACUUUUCUCACUUGCCAAACUUCUCUUCAACCCUUUAA